UGUAACUCAAAAUAUGCAAUAAUCUGGGAAGCAGCUCGCGCUGAACUCCUCGCGGCAAACCGAGAACAAACUACAGUGUGUUCUUUCAUUAGGAAGACAGCGCAUUUCCAGCGGGAUCCGGCCACAGGGCUUCGCUUGACUAACGAGCAGCGAUGAGCUUUUUUGGUUUUGGUCAGAGUGCGGACAUAGAUAUAGUUCUGAAUGACGCCGAAACGAGAAAGAAAGCUGAGCACAGAAGCGAAGACGGCAGGAAAGACAAAUAUUUCCUUUUCUACGACGGGGAAACUGUUUCCGGAAAAGUCAACGUUACACUCAAAUACCCGGGAAAGAGGCUGGAGCAUAAUGGCAUCAAAAUCGAGUUUAUCGGCCAGAUAGAAAUGUACUAUGACAGGGGGAAUCAUCACGAGUUUGUGUCUCUGGUGAAAGACUUGGCUCGACCAGGGGAGCUCACACAGUCACAGACGUUUGACUUUGAGUUCACACAUGUGGAGAAACCCUACGAAUCAUACACUGGUCAGAACGUCAAGUUACGCUACUUUCUCAGGGCGACAGUAGGCCGGAGACUCAACGACAUCAGCAAAGAGUUGGAUCUUGUGGUUCACACACUCAGCACCUACCCCGAGCUGAACUCCUCCAUCAAGAUGGAAGUUGGCAUUGAGGACUGUCUACACAUAGAGUUUGAGUACAAUAAGUCCAAGUAUCACCUAAAAGAUGUUAUUGUAGGGAAGAUUUACUUCCUCCUAGUGAGGAUUAAGAUCAGACAUAUGGAGAUUGACAUCAUCAAGCGGGAGACAACUGGCACAGGCCCUAACGUCUACCAUGAGAACGACACCAUAGCAAAGUAUGAAAUAAUGGAUGGUGCCCCCGUCAGAGGAGAGUCCAUCCCCAUCAGGCUGUUUCUGGCAGGCUAUGAGUUGACCCCCACAAUGAGGGACAUUAACAAGAAGUUCUCUGUGCGGUACUACCUUAAUCUGGUCCUCAUCGAUGAAGAGGAAAGACGCUAUUUCAAACAGCAGGUACACAGACAGUGAGAUCACAUGAGAUCUGUAGUUCUUCUGCUCACUCACUAGAGGUGGGA